AUGAUUAGUGGAAAAUUAUUUUUAAAUUCAACAUUAAAUAGGAAUAUUUUAAGAAAUUUAACUUCAAAUACGAUAAAACGAGGUGCAUCUCGGUCGCAGAAUGAAUCUACCGAAGAAGAGAAAACCCACUUCGGAUUUCAGGAGAUAAACGCGAGUGAAAAAGUUGGCAAAGUUCAUAAGGUGUUCGAAGAUGUUGCUACAAACUAUGACAUAAUGAAUGAUGUAACCAGUUUGUUUAUACACAGGAUAUGGAAAGAUAUAUUCAUGCAUCGAUUAGCACCGACUGCAAAUACAACCUUACUAGACAUGGCUGGGGGAACUGGUGACAUAGCUUUCCGUUUCUUGAACUACAUAAAAAAUGGAAAAUGCGAAAACGGUUGCCAUGUUGUUGUUUCCGACAUAAACAAGAAUAUGCUAGAUGUUGGAAGAGAGAGAAGUAAAAAGUUGAAUCUGGACCAAACCCUGAUCAGCUGGAAAGAAGCAAAUGCCGAAAUGUUACCUUUUGAAGACAAUUCAUUCACGGCUUACACUGUAGCUUUUGGUAUUAGGAAUAUGACGCAUAUAGAUCAAGUUUUGAAUGAAGCGUACAGGGUUUUGCAACCUGGUGGUAGGUUUUUGUGUCUAGAGUUCAGUCAGGUGGAGAAUCCGAUCUUACAAUGGGUGUAUGAUCAAUACAGUUUUCAAGUGAUACCAGUUCUUGGUCAAAUCGUUGCAGGACAGUGGCAGCCUUAUCAGUAUUUAGUUGAGAGUAUCAGGCAGUUUCCAAACCAGGAAAAAUUCAAAGAAAUGAUAGAAGAAGCAGGGUUCAGAGCUGUUUCUUAUGAAAACUUAACAAACGGUGUUGUGGCAAUACAUUCAGGAUUCAAACUAUGAUGGAAAUAAAAAUUUAUAGAAAA